AUGCCCAUGGAUUUGCCGUCGACUUUCGUUCUACCUGACCCUUGGGCUGAGUUGAGGCAGUUUUCUAUCAGACCGCCUGAUUCUACAAAUAAAGAGAAUGAAAACUCACUGAAACGACCUGCAACUCCCAUGGAAUGUCAUGCCAUAAAACGGCUAAAGAAGGACAGUGGAAUGGGGCUCCAACAGGUGAAGUUGGAGCCGUUUGAAGAGGCAACUUACAAAGAUGAGUACCGCUACGAAGAUUCAUAUGAUGCUAGAGGUUUUGACAUUCAAGAUGGCUGCUUCGCCAUCAGAUGUAAAAAUGGCACACGGAUUGACCCAGAUCUCGCUCCAGUAUCAAGUGAAUGCAGCGAAGUACAAAUUCUUGUGGAAAAUGAAAUUUUACUAGUCCCUCCUUUACGGAUUGUCGUACCAGUCAACUAUCCAGAGACUGGGGCAACAGUUUGGUCGGACCCUCGAGUAACAAACGACCCAACCCUAAUGGAACUUAACUCGCAGUUUGAUAAACAUUUGGUCAUGACUCCUGAUGCGAACUCCAUACCUCAAAUCCUUCAUGCUUGGAAAGUUGCUUCACACUAUAUUUAUAAGUCAAGUGCAAGUGCGAGGCGAAGCAGAUUUAGUUGA